GGUUAGUUUGUGGAGCGAUCUACUUACGUUGGAAAGCACAGCAGGUACGCAGAGAUCCACUCGGGAGCAACCCACUCGAGACCUGCUAUUCCGUCACUCCCCCUCAGAGUGGAUCCGCCUGCAGUAUAUAUACCAUGCUCGUCCUUCCGCGCUCUUUUUUUCUCACCUUUCAUUUCACCACAAUACCAUGGAUAAAUCUACCUCUGUUCUCGCCGCUCUCGACGCUGGCAAGUUCCCUUCUCAGCAGCAGAUCAACUCUUUCAUCGACUGGCUGCUUAACUCCGCUUUGACCCAGAUCGAGCCUACACCCGAUGGUGGAGAGCUCAGCGAGCAGGGAAAGGUCCUUGUUCAGGACGUACGCCAUCUUUUGAAUGCCUAUAAGCUCCUCGGAGAUCACAAGAAUGGCGAUAACCUCAUCCAAGAGGCGCUCUGGCACCUCUCCCAAGCCGACGUCUCCUCAACCUCCGUCAAAGGCGAGGCCGACACAGACCAGGCCUCAAAAGAUGCGCGUGCUCUUGCUCAUUCUCUCAGGACCAUCCUUACGAUCGUUUGGACCAACUUCUCUUCCGAGUCCGGUUCCGUCUUUCACGACUUUGCCUCUUUCAUGCGUCUCGCGGUCGCAGAUGCUGCCGAGUAUGUCUCCAAGAGUGCAGGAAGCACUGCAGAGGGCCUGAGGGAAAUUGACUCUGAGAUUGAGCAGGGUGACCGCAACGAGUUCGGCAUUCGCAGGUCUUCUGACGAGGAUGAUCCUCAACAGAAGGAUCCCAAGGUCAAGUUUGAAAACGCUAUGGAUACAGCAAAGGUUGCUGGCUCCAAGGUCAUUGGCGCUGGCCAGAUUGCUGCUGCUGCAUCUGAAGACCUUGCCAAUCGUACAAGUUCCCGCAUGCAGGAGGCAUUCUACAAAAUAUGCGACCGCGCUCAGGAGAACGAGGAAUAUCAUUCUGCCAUUUCCACCCUCUUCAAUAUUCUCCACAAAUGGGUUCACAAGUCUCUUGAUACCGCCGGUGAUGUCAACACCGAUACAUCUCUUGAAUCAUUCAUCGACGACCCCACUGAAGAGAAGCAUCUUAUUGAGGGUAUUCGCUCCAUCCGUGCUUUCGUUGAGCGUCUUGCCGACGGCAAGUCUCUCGACGACUUCUUUGGUGCUCUUCGCAUCUGUGGUGUAGACAUCAAACAGGACGAACACCUCCGUGAGCUCUUCGAUGAGCUCCUCGGUCAUCUGCGCCGUAGUCUCGAUGAGCCUGGAUACGUCCGCUCGGACGAGGCGCAGAAGACUCGUGCGGACCUCAAGACCAAGUUCAAGUCUCUCUACGAUGCUGACACUCCCGAGGGUCAGAAGUGGAGGGACGACUGGACAAAGUUGAAGGAUGAGGCCAGCGAGUUCCAAAAGGUUUUGGAUGCGGGAGAGGACUCCAAACGCGUUGCUCAAGCGCAGGCGAGACUCGGUGCUGAUAUCGAGAGCAGUUUGCUAUCUGCUGCGAGCGUUGGUGCUCAGAGUGCUGUUGAGAAUUUUCCGUGGCUGUGGCAAGAUCUUUUCAAUGCCUAUCUUCCCCGCAUUCUCAGCCUCAUCAAGGAUAUUCCCAUUCCAAGAACCGAGUACAAAGAUAAUGAUGUCGAGUUUGUUCUUGAGAAUCUCGACAUCUCGACCUUCAGUUUGCUCCCCGGCCACGCCUAUAUUCGCAAUAUUACUGAUAUCGACAUCAAGGCGCCCUCUGCAGGUGAAACGACCACCUCAAUUGGCUCACUCACUCGCGUAUACGUCCAAGGCAUGCAACUCGCCCUUCGCGAGGUUUCAUUCUACUUCAAGGAUAAGAACACCUCUGUGGGACCGAGCGAGUUCACAGGGCUUCUUGAGUUUACACUUUCACCUCAAGGCAUCGACGUCGACACUGUCGUCCGUAUGGUCCCUAACUCACCCGAUGGUCUCAAAGAACGUGAACGUCGCAAGGGUUUCCUCGACAUCGAACGCGUUGAUGUCAAGCUCUCUGACGAUAUCGACAUUAAGAUCAAACAGUCCAAUCACGCUAUCCUCUCCACCGUCUUCCGCCCUGUGAUCAUCUCUCGUUUCCGUGAAGCCCUUCAAACUAUUCUCGCCGAUAAUAUCCGUGCAGCUCUUGAGUGGUCUGAUGGCGUUGCUUGGGAUAUCGGCAACCGUGCUGAGGUUUUCGCUGAUGCAGGGCUCAGUCGGGGACCUAGUCUUGUCGCUGGCUUCUGGAGCGAGCUCGGUCAUCUGCAGAAGGGGGAGAGUGGACUCUUGAAGGGGUGGAAGGCUACUGGUACAGGCCUCAUCAAGGAAGAAGGUAAUGCGAAAGCCGGGGCAAAGUUCGCUAUGGGUGCAGAACCUCAGGUUCUUUCGGGAGAGAAGAGGGGACCCAUGGGUACUUUCAGCGAGCCGUUGGCGGACAAGGCCAAUGGAAAUGGUGGUCUGGCGGAGGGAACGCAGGAUGCGGCGAAGGAUGUUGCUGUACAGGCGAAGGCUAAGGUGCAGGAGGGUGUGCAGAAGGUCAGGUCAUUCAAGCAGGCCGUUGUGGAGAAGUCGCAGCAGGAGCAACAGCAGCUGGGUUGGGAAAGUCCUGCUUUUGAUAUCUGAGUUGACGGUAAUGGGCAUCGUUGCGAAAUGAAAGUACAAUAUCACUUCGUAGUUACCUUGUAUAAUAUGCUGUCGGUCUAGCGAUACCGUAUAUUCUUAAUCAAUGGUUUUGAGACGUU